AUGGCUACAUCACUGGACCCCGCAUCGUUGCAUAACCCUUACUUCAACCUCAAGCCAGGCCAAAAGGACAUCUGGACCUUGAUAAACGAGACGGCAGCAACGGCACAACUCGAGCACCCCAACCGCAAGAUAGUCAACUUGGGCCAAGGGUUUUUUUCGUACAAGCCACCUGAAUUCGCACUUGAUGCCGUUGAUCAAGCGUUAGAGUCGCCGCAGUUUAAUCAGUAUGCUCCCGCGCGCGGGAACCCGAAUUUGCUUCGUGCUGUCGCGGCGCAUUACUCGAAGAGCUAUGGGAGGGAGGUCAGCGUUGACGAAGUGCAAAUCACGACGGGCGCCAACGAAGGGAUGUUCUCGAUUUUUUUCGGGUUCUUGACUCGUGGCGAUGAAGUCGUUGUCUUUGAGCCGUUCUUUGAUCAGUAUAUCCCCAAUAUCGAGAUGACGGGCGCCAAGGUUAAAUAUGUCGAGAUCCAGUACCCUGCGAAAUUGGACAAUGAGAAUGUCACGGGGCAAGAUUGGCAGAUUGAUUGGGAGACGUUGGAGAAGAGCAUUAAUGAGAGGACCAAGAUGAUCGUGAUCAAUACUCCGCAUAACCCCAUCGGCAAGGUCUUCACUACGGAAGAGUUGCACCGCAUUGGAGAGUUGGUGAUUAAGCAUAAUUUGAUUCUCGUGAGCGAUGAAGUAUAUGAGAAUUUGUACUAUACCCCCGAUUUCCCUCGGCCUGCCACGUUGCAAAGCUUGCCUGAGUUGCGCGAGAGGACAUUGACGGUGGGGUCCGCUGGUAAGUCGUUUGCUGCCACGGGCUGGAGAAUCGGGUACAUUCAAGGACCAGCGCCGUUGAUCAAGUACGUGACUGCUGCCCAUACGAGAAUCUGUUUUUCCACGCCGGCACCGUUGCAAGAGGCCGUAGCCCAGGCGUUUGGCCAAGUUGACAAAUUGGACUAUUUUGGAAAUGUCAAGCGGGAAUAUAUCAAGAAAUACGAGCUUUUUACCAAGGUGUUUGAUGAUUUGCAGUUGCCGUACACCGUGGCUCAAGGCGGGUAUUUCUUGUUGGUGAAUUUGUCCAAAGUUAAGAUCCCGCAGGAUUACGUGUUCCCCGAGACGAUCUCGAGCAGAGGCACGUUGGAUUUUAAGUUGGCGUAUUGGUUGAUUAAGGAGAUUGGCGUUGUGAGCAUUCCGCCUACUGAGUUUUUGAUUGAACAAAACAGAGUUGGCAAUGGGUUGGAGAAAUGCGUCCGUUUUGCUGUUUGUAAAGACGACUCAGUUUUGGAAGACGCCGUUGAGAAAUUGAAAAAGUUGAAGGAUUAUUUAUAA